AUGUACGAAAAGUUUUACAUAAAAGGAGAGCUCAAAAUUUUUCGUACAGGGAAAAAAAUACUCAAAGAUGAGGCUGUACCAACGAUCGAGCAUCAGUUUAUUCCCAUACCAGGAUAUGAGCUCCUGGCAUGUGAUGUAUACAAAUCGGAAAAGCCAAACUUACAUUGCAAUGACUCUGAAGACGAACAGCAGUGUCAAGAACAAGAAAACAAUAUCGAGCAACAGAAAAUAGUAGUGGAAGUUUCUAAAAGUUCAAUAGAUGUUAAUGUAAAAACUGAACAAGAUUUGAAAGAACCACUGUUAAGUCAACAUGCACUCAAUGAUUUUAAAAGUCACCAGGAUACCAAAGAAAGUACACAACUAGUGAGUUUUAGGGAUAAUAUUCAUAAACUUUCAAUGCUGCCACCAUUUUGGCUGUAUAUAGACAAACCAAAUGGACUUGAAUUUAUGCGGAUGGAUCCAACAACUGGACAGAUCAAGAACCAUUUACGUUUAAAUGAAGAUACAUCUAUUACUGUUAUUUUUCGUAACAAUGAAGAAUUGCCUCUAAACGAUAAAAUUAAUUCAUUUAGUAAUGUCUCCAAUUACUUGAAAUCUGUAGAAAAAUGGCCCUUAUGCGUUGGCACUCAAAUCGACAAUAACAGGUUUUCGAAAAUUUGUAAAGGUGUGAUUGUUGGUGAUGAUACUUAUAAAAGAAAUCAACUUUACCCAAGAUGUAAAUCUUGUCGAAUUUUACGAAAACGCUUACAGAGCAGUAAUUCGAGUUCUAACAGUUUGAGGAGAACGACAGCUAGAAAACAGCGUGCAUCGAAUCUCGUUAAAGAAUGCAAACGUCUUAAAAGAAUGAAACAUACGCGUUUGUCGUCAGACUACAAUGAAUGUAUAACCAAUGAAGAUACCGCAGAUAACAUAGAAGCUAUAGAAAAUGCCUCAGAUAAUGAACAAUUAGAAUAUAUAGAAAGUGACUGUGAUACAGAAUUUAUACUACCCGAUAUAGAAUCUGAGGUGGACAAGUUAGAUGAAGAAAUAGAAGAAGAUGAAAUUGAGACAACAAAAGAAAUCCAGGAUCCAGACGAUUUAGUCAAUGAAAUAAUUAUUGAUGAUAAUGAAAAUUACACAAAAAUUAAAAUGACUAAAAUGGAGAUGUUAGAGAGUUUAGAGCAAAGGAAAUGUGUUGAAAGUUUUCUUGAAGCGGAGUUCAAAUGUGAGUGGUGUGUUGAAGUGUAUAAAGAUGAAGUGGAACAACGUGUGCACAUAAGUGAGGCUCAUGUAAAAAAACCAAACCACAUAAAAUGCGACAUAUGCACGACGUACGUCAGGGAGAGAUGGUUCCCGGAGCACAGGAGAGAUCACUACCUCAAGUUUCAUUGUCAUCUCUGUGACUUUGUCGCGUACAACCUGUUGGUUAUUUUGAGGCACUUGAAAAUUGGUCAUGCUGUUCGUAAUUUGCCCGGUGAAAUGAAAAAGCUGAGGAAGCGGUCGUAUUUAAAGAGCCCCGGGCUGCGGCCGUGGGAGGCGGACGUGGCGCCCGACGCGCGCUCCACGCUCGGGUACAAGUGCGCCCACUGCGACGAGGUGUUCCCAACUAGAAACAAGAGAUCCCUGCACAUGCAGCGGUCACACAAAGACGGACACAAAUCCUCUGUUUGCGGUAAAACUUUUGCUGGAUCGUACAGUUCGAAGAAUCAUGAACACAUCCACAAGGGCACAAUGCCCAAACAGAUCUGUCCAAUAUGCGGCAAGUCCAUACGCCGCGACACCAUGAAGUGCCACAUGAAGGUCCACUCCCAGAGGGAGGCCGCGGUGUGCGCGCCCUGCGGCAAGACCUUCGUGAGCGACUUCGGCUAUCAGAGGCAUCUGAGGUUCAGCAAGCGGCAUGGUGGCGACGAUUUUAGAAUACGAUGUCCGAUUUGCCUGAAAGGGUUUCGGGCGAAUAUGGACAGACGUGAUCAUGUGAACUACGCGCACAGAGGCAUCACCAUACAUAAGUGUUCUAUCUGUGAUAAGGUGAUGUCGUCGGAGCGACUUCUGAAGCGCCAUCUUAGGUACGCGCAUUUGGGGGAGAAGAAGGACGUCUACAAAAGGACGUAUUUGUGUCCCGUUUGUGGACACGUGUGUCGGGACAGCACUGCGCUAAGAGAACACGAGUCUCUACACACCGGUAUAAAAACAUUCACGUGUGAACUGUGCGAUAAGAAGUUCAGGACUUGUAGCACUCUGCAUAGACACAAGCGAGCCAUACACAGGGUGGUGCCUAAACAAAAACUGUUGAAACACAUUGAAAUGGAUAGCGGUGGGACGGAGGAG